UAUUUUUAGCCCCUUUUAACCUUCAUUCAUUGCCAUAACAUUCUGCGGAAAGCGGGCGUAGUCAGUAGACGUUUUCAAGCAUUCUCUGUUCUGUGGAGUCCGUCAACAUGCCAACUCAUGUACGAACAACUCAUGUCACCACUAGCUCGCAUGUUGCGGCGGUGCACCAUAUCAGCUUUCGUGGAUUAGCUGGUGCCAUCUUCAUCUUGGUAGCUCUGUCGUGUGUCCUGUAUGUUAUUGGUUUUUCGACCACGGCCUGGGCAGUGAGAGGGAGUUCGUAUACAGGGUUAUGGCAAAGAUGUACCUGUUAUACUGUCAAGGGCGCAGAUGACUGGUUCCAUGCUGUCCAAGCUAUGAUCACCAUAGGGUUGAUUGGACUGUUUAUCGGCAUGCUGCUUAUCACCCUGUACCUUUGCAUCCAUAGUUUGGCUUGCAGCAAAAGCACCAUUCUCUUGUCUCUCACCAUCGUCUGCUUUCUCUCAGUUAUAUUCAUGCUGAUCGGAUUCAUCAUCUGGGGUAUAAAACAGGAGUCAGAUGUGGAUUUUUCGUUCGGAAUUACGGUGGUUGCCAGCAUUCUGUGCUUGAUAGCUGGAAUACUUAGCCUGGUGCAGAUGCGAAAAUCAGGACUCGCCUAGAGAGACAAUUGUGCGUUCAUCACCUGUGCUUCAUUGUUCAAAGAUCUGUCUAGGAUAUUUCUUUUGCGCUAUUUGACAACUUAGAGAAAUUAAGGAAAUGUGAUGAAAGUAAUUUUUCUGGCUGUGAACAUGUAGGACGCAUGGUGGUCAAGUUACUUUUUGCUGCUCUUUCCAAAUUUCAUUAACCAUUUUAAUAUAGGGCUUCCUUAGAUAUUUUCCCCAAACUCUAUUUUUCAAAAAAAAAAAACGAGAUCAAGGAUCAUCAUGUCGAUGAAUCUAAUGACUUAUACUUUUUUAUUGGUGCCAUAUUAUGUUAACGUAGACUAUAAUUCCUUUUGUUUACAGCUGCUGAUAUUGACACAUAUACGUAUUUGCCACUUUUCUAUUUUAAUACCCUUUACUCUGUGCAGGCGUAUAUUUUUAUAUGUAUAUUGUGCUUAUAAUUGAUACUCUGGUCUUUAAAGUGUCAGUUGUACAUAUGUAUUAUAUAUGUAAUUGGGACUUUAUAAAAGAAUGUUUUUGCGAGUCAGGGGUUAGUAAUAUUGUAGAGUUCAAGAUUUGUGUAUAGGCCUGUCAACUUGCUUCCAGUUUUUACGUGUAUAUUCGUACCUUGCUGAAAUAUAUGGUCCUUUUGA